CGUCGUCCGUCGUCGUCGCCGUCGACGUCGUCGUUGUCAUCGGGGAAGAGGGACAUUGGCAGCACUGACGAUGCUCCUUUCUUCCAGAUGGUAUCUCCGGUGACUCCGGUGACUAAUACGCGACUAGCGUGCAUACCACGGAGAGGAGGAGCAUUUUAAACGGCCCGUUUCAUGCAGCGUGUGAAAUGAGCAUUCCUUGAAGUCGCGACAAUCCAAGAAGUGAUCAGAAAGAAAUAAUACAAGCUGUACCUUGUGUUAAGACACGUCAUGACGGAAUAUAAACUCGUGGUAGUUGGAGCUGGAGGUGUCGGAAAGUCAGCACUCACCAUCCAGCUGAUACAGAAUCAUUUUGUCGACGAGUAUGAUCCUACCAUUGAAGACUCAUAUAGAAAACAAGUGGUGAUCGAUGGUGAGACGUGCCUUCUAGAUAUAUUAGAUACAGCUGGACAAGAGGAAUAUAGUGCAAUGAGAGAUCAGUAUAUGAGAACAGGAGAAGGAUUCUUGUUAGUGUUUGCCGUGAACUCGGCUAAAAGUUUUGAGGACAUUGGGACGUAUAGGGAACAAAUAAAACGAGUGAAAGAUGCGGAAGAAGUACCAAUGGUGUUAGUGGGAAAUAAGUGUGAUCUUCAACAGUCUUGGGCGGUAAAUAUGACUCAAGCGAGAGAAGUCGCGCGGCAGUACGGUGUGCCAUUUGUGGAAACUUCUGCGAAAACGAGGAUGGGCGUAGACGAUGCAUUUUAUACCUUGGUCAGAGAAAUACGGAAAGAUAAAGAGCGUACAGGUAAACCACCUGGCAGUAGUGGACACAAGAAACGUCGAUGCUGUAUUUUAUAAGUCUUUGGAUAAUACCAACAUACUUUUACUUGAUUACUACAACGCAGAAAUAGGAUAUGAAAAGCCUUACGUUAUGUUCACAGUGCACAAACAUUUACAGCUUAUUCUAUAGAAAUAUUGUAAUGAAUUGCAAGCACAAUUUUUGUAUACAUUGAGAGAGAAGAACAAAUUACCUAAUAGUACGUUUUUACUAAUGGGCUUAUGUUGCAUGUAAGAAAUGUUUACUUGGCAGCUUGCCAUGCAAUUCCAUUACUGAAGCGUCUUAACCCUUGAUUGAAUGAAAGAAUGAUACUGACUUUUUUAAUCACAUAUAUUUAACGUUGGCACAAAAAGACAUUGAAUUAUAUAUAUAUAUGCUUAUAUAAAUGCAAAAUUACAAUUAGUUCGCAAAUAUUUACAUCAAAUUUUACAUUAAAUUAUACAUUUAUAUAGACGAGUAUUGGGUCCUGUCGUCUCUAUAAUAUGCAGAAAAUUUAUUACAAAACAAAUAGAUCGAGAUAACAAAACAUGUGACAUGAAAUGUGACAUGUAUAUGUUGCAUUGUGUUUACGUUUAUUUUAUUUUAUAAAUAGUUAGUCGAUAUAUAUACUAUCAAUCACGUGUUGCACUAAUGGAUUUUAAUCAAACAGCAAUAUUAUAAUAUAUUAGUGAAAUUUAA